GGGCACAUUUUUAAAUCUCGCACUGGGAGCCAAAUUGGCUAGAAACAGCCCUGAUUAAGAUCACUUAUAUAAAAAAAAAUUCACAAAACGUUAACCAAACCCAAAGACUCAUAUAAUCAUAUCGUACUGUGGGUCUAUCCUGCAACGUGUGAAUUUGUGGAAUAUUGUCUAACCUUUUUUUUUAUUUUUUUACAGAUAUUCAGUUAUCGAAACAAUGCAGAUUUUUUUUAAAAAUGGAAAAUAUUACUCUGAUAACAUUAUUGGAACCAAUAGAGGUCUGUUCACUUUAUAAUAAUUACCACUUAAUCAGGGUACUAAUUCAGUUAGAAAUACAUGUAACUAGGAAUUAUAUAUUGGACCAACAGUGGAACAUUUCUGUGAAUUACUUAUACCCCUUUUACACUCGCAUGAAAAUCCCGGGAUAUUGCACGUGAACGCGCAUCAUCCCGGGAUUUUUGUCAGUGUGAAAGGGUACAGGGACAAUUUCCCGGGUCGAGCAUCCCGGGAUUUCAACCCUGGUCUCGACCAGGGUUGGUCCCGGGACCGUCCCGGGAAGCUGGGUAGUGUGAAAGGGCCCGUCCCGGGAUUCACUACCCGGGACUGUUAAAAGGCCUCCGAUUGGAGCUUUCAUGGGCUCAGAAAAGAUGAUGUCAUCUUUCAGAGCCCUGGGGAGCGUCCUUGAUGCGUGUGAGGAAGGCAGCAUGGUGACCUGGACAGACCAGGAGGUUAGAGAGUUGCUGAGCAUUAGGGGAGAGGAGGAAAUAAUGAGGCAGAUCACAGGCACAGUUAAAGAUGCAGUCAUUUAUAAAAACAUCUCCAAGAUGCUGGAAGCCAGGGGAAUCAUCCGCACACAGCAGCAAGUGUUAAACAAAAUGAAAACUCUUAAAAAGCAGUUUCUGAAGGUGCAUGACAACAACAGGAAAAAGAGCGGUGUUGGCCGUAUCGACUGGCAGUACUAUGACAUCUGUGCCAAUAUCUUUGGAAACACAGCUAUAUGCAGUCCGGUGAGUCUGUCUUCCAGUUCACAGUACACUGCUACAGAAGGCACUCCAGAAGAGACACAGACAAGCAGUGACGUCUGUCCGUCAUCCCCGUUGUUAAUUGACGACACACCUGAGGAGAGCGACACAUCCUCCCAGCCGUCCAUAAACACAUCCAGAAACGACGACAGCAUAACUGCAACCAUUGAAGACGUCGUGGAAGCUCGUGACAGUGGGACUGUACAAAGUACCGUCACCCCAACUUUACAGAAAAACAUUUACACCGUACCGCCUAGAAGGAAGAAACUGAACAGAGCGGAGCAAGUGGCUAAAGCCACGUCAAAUGUCCUUGUCGACCAACUCCGAGAGAUGGACGCUACAAUGUCCGCACAGGAGGAUGCAAGGCUCGACAGGUUUCUAGAGGCAGAACGCCAAAUGCAUGAUGCAUUUCUUUCCCAAGUCAUGACAAUGCAGGAACGCAUGUGUAGAGAGCAGUAUGACCGCCACAGGGAAUUGCACCAAAUGAACAUGGCGUUCUAUGAGCGUAUGACCAAUACCUCAAGAGCACCAAUCCAACACCACAACUCACAAUACCCUGAGCAGGGUUUUUCAUCAUUUAAUCCUGGCCCAUACUAUGCCCCAAAUACUGCACCAUCUAGUGCGCAAAGCACAGAGUUUACUGUAUUGCGCAAUUUGCCGUGAAACACAGUGAAUUUCUUAUUGUUGUUAUUUGUUGUUAAAUAACCACAGUGUGGUCAUUGUUUAUGCACAACUGUUUGUGCCUUCUUUAAUUUUUUUUCUAUGUUCUGUUUUGUAUAGUUUCUACAUUAAAGCACUUUUUAUUUAUUUUUUACACAGUAAUAAUAUACUGCAGGGACACUGUGGUUUAUGGUGUUGUAUCUACAAGCCUACCAGUGUUUUUUUUUUUUUUUUUUAUGCCAAUCAAAACUUGUUUGCAAAUCUAUGCAUAACAUUCCCAUUUGUGCGUAACAGUAGACCAUGUUUUCAGUGUUUUCUACAUUGUUUCUGCAUAUAUACAAAGUUUGUGGCAAUGUGGUUUUUUUGGAAAAUCAUAAAUAUUGAAACCAAAGAUCAAAGGU